AUGGAUCAGGUGAUGGAGAAGAUGCAGCUCCCAGCGCUGCCUUCUCUACCCAAACGAACCUACCGAGUUGGAGCUUUCGCGGUCCUCCUACUUGCCACAAUCACCAUAUUUAGCUGGCAUACGGGAUGGAUAGAGCAACAAACCAUUCGCGUGACCAGAUAUCGCGGUCCUCCAGUCGUAGUUUACGACAACGCACACAAAUUACAUGACGCUGAUGAGUUUUGGCCUCAUUUCACCAACGUCACGCGACUCCCACCCAUGAGCAUAGAGCAGGCCAAAUCGACGUGCAACUGGGCCAAGGACGACGACGAUGUCAACUUCACUUUCGGCGAAAAGUCGGGCUGGUUUCUUGAUCUGAGCUGGGUCACCAAGACCAAAAAGGAUCGAGAGAUUGAUCCUAUUAGAGCCAAGUGGCAAAAGAAGGUCAUGAACGGCUUGGUGCCUUACGAGAAGGUGGCGGACAGAUUUCAUGGACGCGGUAUCGUGGUAGUCAGUGGCGAUGGGAGAAGUUUAAAACGACUGAAGGUCAUCUUCAAGCAGCUUGCCAAGCUCGGUUGCACACUGCCCGUCGAGAUGCACUACUUUGGCCACGAGAUGUCCAACAGCGUGCAGGACGAAGUUGCAGCUCUAUGGCCCGUCAUCUUCUUUAACGAUCUGGCCUCGACCCACAACAUCAAAGAGUCCGCAUAUAACACAAACGUCGGUAUCCACUACCAGCUCAAGACUGCAGCUAUGGUCAACUCUCGAUUCGAAGAGCCCCUUCUGCUCGACUCCGACAACGUCCCCCUGGUGAAUCCCGAGACCCUGUACGAGAGCGACGUAUAUAAAGAGUACGGCUCCAUCUUCUGGCCCGAUAUUGCUCGAACCCGCCCUAACAACCCUAUCUGGCCCAUCACCAACACCCAAUGUCGCAUGAAUGAGUAUGAGCAAGAAAGUGGACAAGUUCUAGUCAACAAGAGGAAGUUCUUCUACCACCUUCAGCUGGCCGCCUGGUUCAUCGAUGCUCCCGACAACACCGGCCAGUUCAAGAACUACAUGCUGGGCGACAAAGACUGCUUCCGCUUCGCGUGGCACGCGCUCAAGACGAAGUACGGUUUCCCCUCGAAAUGGCUCUCCAGCGUAGGCACACUUGUUGGCGAUACGUACUGCGGCCACACCUUUGCCCAAUACCACCCCGAUGGCUACGUAGCCUUCAUGCACGGCGGCCUCCUCAAAACCCUGCGCAAACCUGUUGUCAGAUGGCAUCUCGAGCAAAGUGGAGGCAUCUACCAGGCAUACAAACGAAGUCCUUAUGAAGAAGAUCACACCAAGAGCACGCACGUGGAAAUUGGAUGGGAUAACUUUGACUACAUGCCGAACAAGCCCGAGAACCUUGUUCCCGCAUCAUGUGUGCAUUUCAGGGACGUCGAGCCACGACCGCUGGAGGAGAUCGCUCCAGGUUUCCAAGACACCUUCAGAGAAAUCGGAGGAUAUUGGAUGUUGGACGACGACAGUGUAUGCGAGUUCCUGGGCGGGCUUUGCGUGGAUACUGGGGGUUAA